UAAACUCUUGAUUUUAAAAUGCAGAAUUAGUGUGAUGAGUGAGUCUGUGCUAAACUGAGGAACUCUGUGCACCUCGCUCAAGUUGAGGCCCCAUCUUACUUCCCUUUCUCUCAUCCGAAGCACUCACCAAUGUUAAAUAUCGUUAUUACUGCUUUUCUUCUCUUGGUUUCACUCUUUGAGGCAGCUUCCAGACCUAAUGGGUCUCAUCCCCCCUGACUCUUCUCCACUUCUCCACUUAGGCCAUAUAAUCCUGUAAAUGGGAAAGAGGGAUAUCACACUUCAUACAGAGUUGAACACAGAAUCAUAGCUCCGUUUCCCUCACAUGAACUCUGGGAUAAAAUAGGGCAGGCGGCCAGACGAAAACAUCAGAGGACAGCUGCGCGCCUCUGAUGGCCACCAGUGGGGUCAGACAGUGUGUUUGGACAGCUUGAGGCCCGGGGAGGCUGUUAUUCGGGGUCUUUUUUGCGCAAUAACGGGUGCUAUAAAAGCGUCCGGGCUCACCCAGAGCGAGAUGCGCCUCCCGGUUCCCCGCUCUAUCCCCAUCUCUAACGGUAACCUGCUCGCUCUCCGGACCAGACCACAAAGAUGGACGCCGCCAUUGCUCUGUUUGCUGUCGUGUGCUUGACCGCCACCAGCCACGCCGAGCACCACCAGCCCUGUCAUUCCCCCAACAUGACCGGACUAAUGUCUGUGAUGUCCCUCAAGGGUGACAUCAAAGCGGUGGGCGCCUUCACUUACGAUUCCACGGCCAAAAAGCUGCGGUUCAGAUCAAACGACAGCCACCCCACCAACACCUCCCUCGGCCUGGACCUGCUGAUGUUCUUUGAGGAGGGGAUUUUCUACGAGAUCGACAGCAAAAACCAGAGCUGCGAGAAGAAGAAACUGCAGAUGACCCUGCACCCACUGGACAUCCCCGACGACGCCAAAUUCCACUCUACGAUGACCACUGGCAGUGCGUCUAUUGAAGGGGAGGGGUUAAAGGUCAACUGCUGGACAGGACCAAUGCCACCAGUCAAAGGCCAUUAUUCUAUGUCUGUAACCAUGGGGUGUUUGCCUGUGACCACUUUCUACUUCACUGAGACCACAACACUCCUUUUCAGCAACACGGAGAUCGAACUGGAGAUCAAGGAUCCCGGCCUCCUCGUGGUGCCCCCCUUCUGCCGCGGGCAGCCUCUGGAGUUCACACCUGAGGGGACAGUAAACAGCUUCCUCAAUGAGUUCAUUUCAAAAUGGUAUGAGGGCUCCAGGGUGACAGGCAGGCUGCAGUACCCCGCACCGUCGACAGCCCGCGACGUUUGGCUUGUUUGGUCUCUGUCCGUCUUUGAAUUAAAACGAGGCUUGCCUGAGAAGGUUCUUUCUUGCUUGGGGACCAGAAACAGUUCAACACAAACUUCAGACGUCUCAGAAAAUGGUGAAGAAAUGAUAGCAGCGCAGGAUUUGCACGCAGACUUUCAGUUUCCUCCAGAGGCAGAAUCCCAAUUGUCAUCAGAUACUGACUUUGAGGAUCCUGAUCCUGGGAAAAAUGCCAGAACGGGAAAGGGCAUGGCAGCCAGGAGGGGGAAGAAGGCGCCGGGAGAAAAGGCCAAAGGGGGGGCAGCCGGCAGAGGCCCCGCUCUCGGCUGGGUGAACGGCCAUCAUCCAGAGAACGGGAUGGAGAGCAUGACCCUUUUUGAGGUGGUCAAAAUGGGGAAGAGUGCCACACAGUCUGUCGUGGAUGACUGGAUCGAGGCCUACAAACAGGACAGGGACGUCGCUCUUUUGGAGUUAAUCAACUUCUUCAUCCAGUGCUCCGGCUGCAAAGGACCACAGUGGAAGAAAUUCCGGAUAAACUUCUGCGACUUCAUCGCAGUCCUUGUGCGACAGUGUCAGUACAGCAUCAUUUACGACGAGUACAUGAUGGACACCGUCAUCUCCCUGCUCACCGGCCUGUCUGACUCACAGGUCAGGGCAUUCAGACACACAAGCACACUGGCAGCCAUGAAGUUGAUGACAGCUUUGGUGAAUGUCGCUCUGAACCUCAGCAUCAACAUGGACAACACACAGAGGCAGUAUGAGGCAGAGAGGAACAAAGUCAUAGCAAAAAGAGCUAACGAUAGGUUGGAGCUUUUGUUACAGAAACGGAAAGAGCUUCAAGAAAAUCAAGAUGAAAUUGAAAACAUGAUGAAUGCAAUUUUCAAGGGAGUGUUUGUUCACAGAUACCGAGAUGCCAUUGCUGAAAUCCGAGCGAUUUGCAUUGAGGAGAUCGGAGUGUGGAUGAAGCUGUACAGCGAUGCCUUCCUCAACGACAGCUACUUGAAGUACGUGGGCUGGACGAUGCACGACAAGCAAGGAGAGGUGCGGCUGAAGUGCCUAACCGCCCUCCAGGGCUUGUUCUACAGCAGAGACCUCAGCUCCCGCCUGGAGCUUUUCACCAGUCGCUUCAAGGAUCGAAUCGUGUCAAUGACUCUGGACAAAGAAUAUGACGUCGCAGUGCAAGCUAUUAAACUCCUGACUCUCGUUUUACAGAGUAGCGAUGAGGUUCUGACCGCAGAGGACUGUGAGAGCGUGUAUCACCUGGUUUACUCGGCCCAUCGACCUAUUGCUGUCUCUGCUGGGGAAUUUCUUUUUAAGAAGCUCUUCAGCCAUCGAGGUCCUGAGGAGGAGGGACUACCCCGGAGGGGCAGGCAGAGCCUCAACGGCAGCCUUAUAAAGACCACCGUCUUCUUCUUUUUGGAGAGUGAGCUGCAUGAACAUGGCGCCUACUUGGUGGACAGCUUGUGGGAGUCUCUGAAUGAUCCACAGGAGACGGCUCUGGUGGAGAUUAUGCUCUGUGCCAUUCGGCAGGCAUGUGAAUGUCACCCUCCGGUCGGAAGAGGCUCGGGGAAGAGGGUCCUGACUGCAAAAGAAAAGAAAACACAACUGGAUGACCGAACACGCAUCACAGAGAUGUUUGCUGUCGCGUUGCCUCUGUUAUUAGCAAAGUACUGCGUCGAUAUUGAUAAGGUGACAAAUCUGCUACAAAUACCAAAAUACUUUGAUCUUGACAUCUACACAACUGGCCGGUUAGAAAAGCAUUUGGAUGCCCUUCUGCGACAGAUCUGGGAGGUUGUGGACAAACACACGGACAUUGAAGUCCUGGAGGCCUGCUCCACCACCUACCACUACCUCAGCAACGAGGAGUUCACCAUCUUCAACCGUGUGGACAUCGCCCGCUCGCAGCUUCUAGAUGAGAUGGUCGACAAGUUCAACAGACUACUGGAAGACUUUUUGCAAGAGUGGGAUCUCUUUACCAGCAACUACAGGCUACUCAGCACCGGCCUUCAAAACGGGGACAUGCCUGAACAGAUUGUGAUUCAUGCAAUGCAGUGCACCCAUUACAUCAUCCUGUGGCAUCUUGCGAAGGUUUCAGAUGGGAGUUCAAUAAAGGGUGAUAUGGUGACCAUGAGAAAGCAAAUGAGAGCUUUCUGCUUAAUGUGUCAGCGUUACAUAAACAGCAUCAACACAGCCGUCAGAGAGCAGGCUUUCACCAUACUGUGUGAUCUGCUACUGAUCUUCAGCCACCAGAUGAUGUCGUCGGGCCGGGAGCAGCUGGAGGGUCUGGUCUUUACGCCGGACAGCUCUCUGCAGGCAGAGCUGCUCACCUUCAUCCUGGAUCAUGUUUUCAUUGAUCAGGAUGAUGACAGCAACAGCACAGAUGGUCAACAAGAUGACGAAGCCCGUAAAAUUGAGGCCCUGCACAAACGAAGAAACCUCCUCGCUGCCUAUUGCAAGUUAAUCAUUUACAAUGUGGUUGAAAUCAACACAGGAGCGGAUAUAUUUAAACAGUACAUGAAAUACUACAACGACUAUGGAGAUAUCAUCAAGGAAACCAUGAGUAAAUCGAGACAAAUCGACAAAAUUCAAUGUGCAAAGACACUCAUACUAAGUCUGCAAAAGUUAUUCAACGAGAUGUUGUCUGAACUUGGUUUCAAUUUCGACCGCUCGUCUUCAGCCUUCUGUGGCAUUAAAGAACUGGCCCGCCGCUUCUCCUUGACUUUUGGUUUGGAUCAGCUGAAGACCAGAGAGGCUAUCGCCAUGUUACAUAAGGAUGGAAUUGAGUUUGCUUUUAAAGAGCCUAGUCCUCAAGGAGAAGGAGGCCCACCUCUUAACGUCGCCUUUUUGGACAUCCUGAGCGAGUUCUCCAGCAAAUUGAUCCGACAGGACAAGAGGACGGUCCACGUGUACUUGGAGCGAUUCAUGACCUUCCAGAUGGCGCUGCAGCGGGAGGACUGCUGGCUGCCCCUCAUCUCCUACAGGAACUCGCUGCAGGCCGGAGGGGACGACGACACCAUGUCUGUCAUCAGCGGGAUCAGCAGCCGAGGGUCCACCAAGAGUAGGAAGUCCAAACCGGCCUCCGCUAGCAAAAGAAAACUACCGGAAGAGGAGAACAGCUGCAGCAGCAGCGACACGGUCUGGAUGAACCGCGAGCAGAGCGUUCCAACGCCCGUCCUGAUGCAUUCGCCCCAGCUCCCCUCCUCCACCGUGCUGAGGGACCCGAAGAAGAUGAGGCCAGAGGAGAGCUACGCCGCCUCUUUCUCCAUGCCUGCAGAGCAGCACCCCCACCAGCCUCUGCCCCCCCAUCAGCCGCCACACCAUCAGCACCAAACCGCCAUCGACUACAAGCAACAGGCGGAGGCCCGUCAGCACCAGGAGCGCGUCAGCAUGCACUACGCUAAGAUGAGGAGCCACAUGCAGCACGCUCUUCGCCGAGGCUCCGGAUUAAUGGAGGACGACGAGGAGCCGAUUGUGGAGGAUGUGAUGAUGUCAUCGGAGGACCGGUUGGAAGACAUCAAUGAGGGAAUGGAUUUCGACACAAUGGACAUCGAUUUGCCGGCAUCUAAGAACCGAAGAGAAAGGACCGAACUAAAGCCAGACUACUUUGAUCCGUCCUCCAUUAUGGACGAUUCGGUUCUUAAUGUUUCGAUGUUCUAAAGAACAAAAGAUCGUCAAAUUAAAAUGACCGUUCUCUGUGAAAAUCUGGAAGGAGAGAAAUGGACUACGU